CGCCCCCCCCAGCCCGUCGCCGCCCGCGGAUCCCAGCGGCGGGCCGUGGCGGCGUAGCUGCCGCCGGGAGCACGAUGCCUUGAACCAAGGAAACUAUGAGAAGCAACACUCUUUUUGGAUUCUAAAAGACAUCCUUUCAUCAUGGGACAGCAAAUUUCGGAUCAGACGCAGUUGGUUAUUAACAAGUUGCCAGAAAAAGUAGCAAAACACGUGACAUUGGUUCGAGAAAGCGGCUCCUUAACUUAUGAAGAAUUUCUUGGGAGAGUAGCUGAACUUAAUGAUGUAACCGCUAAGGUGGCUGCCGGUCAAGAAAAACAUCUUCUCUUUGAGGUGCAACCUGGGUCCGAUUCCUCUGCCUUUUGGAAAGUGGUUGUGCGAGUGGUCUGUACUAAGAUUAACAAAAGCAGUGGCAUUGUGGAAGCAUCACGGAUCAUGAAUUUGUACCAGUUUAUUCAGCUUUAUAAAGACAUAACAAGUCAAGCAGCAGGAGUGUUGGCUCAAACCUCCACCUCUGAAGAGCCUGGUGAAAACUCAUCCUCUGUAACAUCUUGUCAGGCUAGUCUUUGGAUGGGAAGGGUGAAGCAGCUGACUGAUGAGGAGGAAUGUUGCAUCUGUAUGGAUGGUCGAGCUGAUCUCAUCCUGCCUUGUGCUCACAGCUUUUGUCAGAAGUGUAUUGAUAAAUGGAGUGACCGACACAGGAAUUGCCCCAUUUGUCGCCUACAGAUGACUGGAGCAAAUGAAUCUUGGGUGGUGUCGGACGCACCCACUGAAGAUGAUAUGGCUAACUAUAUUCUUAACAUGGCUGAUGAGGCAGGCCAGCCCCAUAGGCCAUGACUUUAGGGGAUGGUUUCUCUGGAUGUUGUAGGCUAUGAAUACAUUGGAAACAAGGUGGGACAUUGUGGCACUGAUGCAGAAAAACUAAUUUUCCCACCCUCCUAUUUUUGCUAUACCGAAAAUAUGCCCCGUUUUUUAAAAAGUAAACUUCCUAUGUCUUCCAUUUUUGGUAAGCCAAAAUUUGCUACUGUUUUAGACCAUAUUUUCCUAUUAUUUAUCUGUUCUAAUGUAUAUUAGAACAAAUUGCUCUUGAAACCUUUGCUAACUGAAAAUAGCAAUAUUUCCAGAGGCUUUUGACUUACUACUGUUUUUCAGGGCAGUAAUAUGGCACUUUUUUAGAUAGGUUUAAAGUAAAUUUUGAAUGCUGAGUUUUAGCCGUUUGAAAGAAAAUUUUGAAUGACUAAAAAGGUGUAAGGUAUAUCAAAGUGCAUACUUAAAAGCUAGUCUUUCUGCUGGAAACUAAGGGGUACGCAUUAUGCCCCCUUGUGGUUAAUUAUUGCUCCUUCAGUCGUUUUUACUUAAAAGAUUCAUAGUGCUUUCAUACCUUUAUUUAACUUCAUCACUGUGUUCUGAAACACAAAUUUCCCACUAUGUAUAAUUUGGAUAAAGACUGUAAUAUUGGGACUUGGCUCUGUAAAUGAAUUUCUGCUGGAGAGUCUCUAGCUGUCGUGGAAAUGCAUUCCCAUUCCCAAAGUUGACUGUUUUGAUUGGGUUUUGAAGGCUUACUCAUCUUGGAUUUUUCAGAAAGAAACUUUUCUUCAUAAAUACUAACUUUACAUAUUUGCAGAUCAUGUUAAGUCAUUUGAUGCUUAUAAAGUCUUCAAAUUCUUCAGAUUGAUUAGAUUAAAAGAAAGGAGAGUGAAGUUUUUCUACCAUGUGUAUGUAUAACAUCUCUGAAAACUUGAUGGUGGUUUGGCUUCUACUGCUCUACUGUACUCUCUGUGAAAGUCUCUAAAAAGAAUAUUAUAAUAAUUUUCUGUAGCACUUAGCCAUACUUAUGAAGUAAAAAUUUUAACAUUAACAUUUCAUAAUAUAACUAGGGUAUGAUGUCUCCAGAAAUAUUUUAACACUUUACAUACAUUUUCUGACCUAUUAUCAGUAAGUUGAAAACACUAUUUUCCUAACCAGGUACACAAUUUAAGUUGCUGUUUGUUGAUGGCAAAAAAAUUGCGGCUACUAAGAUUUUAAUGGGUUUGCAAAUAAGAUAAAAAACAUUUCAAGGAUAAAAGAUCUAAAGGCACUCAUGAGGAGACAGUAAAGGUACCAGUAACUAAAUACUCUAUAUAGGGUGUUUAUGCAAGCUGAGUAUUUGCACUCUGUUGUAUCAACCUUGCAAUGUACUAGGUGAUUUUGUGAGCUUGGAAAGUCACUCUUGGUAGAUUACUACUUUAGAAGUUUUUAUCUUUGGUUUUCACUUUAUUUCUGUAAUGCAACCUUUUAUUGCAAGGUAAUUUUUAGAACCCAUAUACAUAAGUGAAUGCGUACACCCUACUCCCUAUGUAAGUCAUAUUUUAUAUAAAUUUCAUUCUGUAACCUUUAUGUACACAGUGACAAAGCAUUAAGUCAACCAAUGAAAACAUAAUAGUGCCUGGGUAAUAUGCUAUAUAUUUGAAUUUUUGUCAUACAAAACCCCACUUUUAAUUCAAGUUGUCAUAUCCCUGAUUCUCCUCCAUUGAUUCUUUGUCUACUGUAGGAUGUAUUUUGAAAAAAUUUGUGGUCCUCUGAAAAGUUUUCCAGCUCCAAAAACUUGAAUUGUCCUUUUGGAUUAGACUCCUGAGAUUCAGAUUGCCUAGUUUCAAGUUUCUGAAAAUGAACAACAUAGAUUUAUGGGGUUUGGUUCUUUAUAGCCAAUGCUUUUACUUCUCCGAAUUCUUCACCUCUGAAGGAUUUACUAAGCAGGGAGUGCAGUGACUUGCUAUUGCCCACACCUUUUAUCUUACAAUAUUAGCUCCAAGACUAACUGAUCUACUGUGAAUUAUAUAAUUUUUAUUAGCCUUGUGAAAUAAAUGAACACAGUUAUUUGUUCAUUUCAUUAAACUGGGUGAUAAUUCUUUAGAUGUGAAUAUUAAGUAGGUUCUACUAUAUCUAAUUACAAAAGUUGUAAAUGUGUUUAGUGGAUAAAAUGUACAUUUUUUUCUAUUCUGUACAGCUUUGUCUUUUUAAAAUAUGAAAUACCUAAAUGCAUUACUUUGAUAGGAAAUAUGUGUGCCUUCUAGGACUGUGAAAUGGUCUCGUGUGCUCUAAGAAAUUUGUAAGUUGUAGUUUUCCCUAUCUUAACUCAGUAACAAAAGGUUUCUCAUGUUAUAGAACUGUAGUUUGAGAAAAUUAGUUUGACCAUGUACUGAAUUUAGAGGCUAAGUAUACUGUUCUUUUAUUCUUAGAAAAUGAUAAAUUGUUCAAUAAAUGAUCAUUAGUAAGAGGUCUUUAAUUUUACAUUCUUAUAUACUAAAUAUUUAUAUUCCUUAGAUGAUUAUUUUAUAUUGUGCCCUGGAGGUUUGUCAUGUUUGUGUACUAUAUUUUGAAAUUCAUACCAAGUUGAGUUUGAUUUUCCAUAAGUCAUAUAUAUGUAUGCAUAUAUAUGGAUAGAAAGGCUGCUUGAAAAUACCUUCUGUUCAGUGAUUUUUAACUUUUGGAAGGUGGGUUCAUUAAAAGUAUGGAAAAUUUACAUUUUUAAUUUGUCAUGUUUUGAGUUUGAGGAAUUUGCUUUGUUUUGUAUUCUUUAGCUGAAGCUUACUUUCUUAGUAAUAAGAAAACUACUUGAAAGGUCUAGGGGAAUGGCUUAAAUGGUAGAGGUCUUGUCUUGCAUGUGGGAGGCCCUGUAUUCAAUCCCUAGUACCUCAAAGAAAAAGAAAACUAUUUGGAAAUUAGAUCAGCUGAUCACCCAUGUUAAUGGUGGGCAACACAAUGACACUGUAAUAGAAACAUUCAGUAAUAGACUUUCAUUUGUUAUGUCUUCUUACUCUAUUGGACAAUUAAAAAAAUGAGCAAAAUA